AUGGGGGCCUUCGACGGGGCUUUUGAUAAUUUGAGAGGAAAUCAGAUAUCUUCAGGAUUUUGGGGUGAACACACUAGUACGAUAGAUUGGUGCGAGAAGAACUACGUCCACACUCCCUAUAUAGCUGAAACAGUCAACACUCUCACCAAUCUCCCUUCCAUCCUCUUAGGAUUGUAUGGCUUCUUCUCUGUCCUGAAUAAUGGAUUACCGAAACGGUUCGCAUACUGUUAUCUAGGAUUGAGUCUGAUAGGUAUAGGUAGUUUUGGGUUUCACAUGAGUUUGAGGUGGGAGUGGCAGUUGAUGGAUGAAUUGCCUAUGAUAUACGUCGUAUCAUAUGCUGCUUUUUUGAUAUUGGAAACCUCACCUGGACUUGAAUUUCGAUAUGGUAUACUAGGACCGUUGGUGAUGAUAGCUUGGGAUGUAUUCGUUACUACUUCAUACAUCUACCUACCCAAUCCGGUAUAUCACCAAAUAGCAUUCGCCCUCAUCCUUAUAACCACCACUACCCGAACAGCCUACCUAGCAUUUAAACUUCCCCCAAACCACCCCUCGAAAGUCAAGAUCGGCAAGACGAUGGCAUGGGGUGUGGUAACUUUCGCAGUUGGAUUUGGAAUUUGGAAUAUAGAUAAUAUAUUCUGUAAUCAGCUGAGGGUUAUACGAGAUGCCAUCGGACCCUUAGGUGUACUAGUUGAAGGUCACGCUUAUUGGCAUUUGAUGACCGGAUAUGGCUCAUUCCUCAUAUUUACCGCAUCAAUAUUACUUCAUCUCUGUAUCAAAGUGUCACCUGACGCAUAUACAUUUGACGAGAAGGCGAUAUUCCCAGUUGUGUAUCCAGUCAAGUCGGAUGACAGGCGGAAAGUCAAGCAAAAUGGACAUACUCAAUAA